UUGUUAUUAAUAUUUCUGCAUAAAGUUUUACCUGAUAACGUGACAACGUUAAAAACGAUUACAUCAAAUAAUAACAAAUAUGUAGCGGUCACACCUGAUCCAGAUGACGAAGAUGAGGAUGAUCUCGAUGAAGAUGAUGAAGAUUCAUCUGAGAUCGAUGACGAUGGCCGAGUGUAUCGAUUUAAAAAUCCACGAAAUUCACCGUCACCGUUAUGUCCACGUAAUGAAGAACAAGCAAGUCUGUUUGGGCAAAAAUGUUUGAGAAAAUGUUCGGCAGACGAUGACUGUAAAAGUAAGAAAAAGAAAUGUUUGUGUGAUGGUGCUUGCGGUAUGUCAUGUAUAAAACCAGAUCGUGAGUGUCCAGAUUUACCAGAGAUUGAAUUGGGAACAGUUUCUGUAACAGGUCGCUUGUUUGGCGACAAGGCUUCUUAUUCAUGUCAACAUGGAUAUCACGUUGUUGGUUUGUCCUCACGCACAUGUCAAGCGGAUGGACAAUGGGCUGGAAAUGCUCCUGCUUGCAAGCAAAAUAUUUAUUGCUUAUCUCCUCCGACAAUAACAAAUGCACGUCAUAAUGCUUUACCUGAACAAACAACGUUUGAUUUGGACUCGACCAUCCAAUAUUAUUGCAACACGGGCUAUGAAACAAAUGGAUUUCCACGAGCAAAAUGUUUAUCUAUGGACGGGCAAGCAUCUUGGUACGGUCCUGAUAUCAAUUGUGAACCGAAAUCUUGUGGAUCUCCGAAUGAUAUAUCACAUGGAUGGCAUGCUGGCGAUUGUUACACGUACGGUUGCCGUGUUCAAUAUCAGUGUGCGGAUGGUUUUGAGUUGGUUGGAAAAAAAGAACGUUUUUGUGAGGCGGAUGGCAAUUGGAGUCCCAAAGAAUUACCCACUUGCGUGUUGGUGACCGCUGUACAAUGUUCACCACCAGCAAAUCCUCCAAAUGGUAAGGCCAUCUAUACGUCGUGCUCGUACAACAGUGUCGUCAGUUACGAAUGUAAAUACGGCUAUGUAUUAGUUGGUGAAGCAACCAGAAGAUGUGGUGCUGAUAAGAAAUGGACUGGAAAAAUGCCUGUAUGCAAAGAAAUAAAUUGUGGUCAUCCGGGUCGCUUAUGGAAUGGAUGGCUAGAAAAUAUUGAAGGAGGCACUGGUCUCGGUGCUUCAAUCAUAUUUCGAUGCCACGAAGGUAUGAAAUUGGAAGGUCAUAGUUCAACGGUGUGCCAAAUUGAUGGUAAAUGGAGAUAUCCGUUACCAAAUUGUUCCGCGCCAUGUGUGGUUCCUCACGUGCAACAAGGACGAGUAUACUUAAUUACACAUGAAAAUGGUACUGAAUUACAAAGUGCAAUAGUUCAUCAAACUUUAGUGCAACAUGGUGAAGAACUUGGUGUUGAAUGUCAACCACAGUAUGAAUUUUUGUCAAAUCAAACACCGGUUACAUGCAAUAAUGGAACAUGGACUCAUAUACCGCGAUGUGAACCAGCACGUUGUAAACAUAUGCCUCGGAGUCCUCGUAACGGCAUGGUGAUAGCACCGAAAACCGAUCAUGGAAUGAAAGCUAUAUUCAAAUGCAAAGAUGGUUUUACAUUAAAAGGCAAUUAUUAUGUGGAAUGCUCGUAUGGUAAUUGGACCGGUGAAAUACCAUAUUGUCAGGAAGUAUAUUGUCCAUUCCCUGGAUACAUUGAUAAUGGAAAAGUAUUAUUAGUCGGUAAUAUGGGAUUGUAUGAUUAUCGACCGUAUGUACGAAAAGUUACCAACAAUAAACAAAUUAUGUACGAUUGUGAUAAAGGAUAUGUGUUAGGGGAAGGACCACCGGGGGCUACAUGUGUUGGGGGACGUUGGAGUCCGAAGCAAUUACCACGAUGCUUACCUGGUCAACAUCCUCGAUUGCGCUGGAGUAGACGGCGACGAUCCACAGAUAAAUAUCGAGAAAAAUUAAAUCGAUCGUUAUUUGCACGUCAAUUUUUGAAGAAUUUUUUAAAUUAUCAUAAUAUUCCGUUAACAUAUCUGCAAAAACCAAUUAAUUACGAACAUGUUUUUAAAGAUUUACAAAAUAGUCGUUUUAAACGGCAAACAACAAGUUAUAACAAACACAGAAUGCAUACAUAUCCAGCCAAACCAAUAUGCCGUGGCUAUUCAUUUUGCAAGCCCGGAUAUCUGGCACAAUAUCGACCGGGUGUUGCUCGUCAAGAUAGUACUCGAUUUAGUGCACAAUUCGGACAUUUAAAUCGAACAAAUUAUACGUCACAUAUUGAACAUAUGUCACAUGGAGAAGAUGUCAAUAAUCCAAAUGAAGAACCGCCAAAAAACGUGAAUCAGGAUCAAUUGUUGCUUGAAGAAUCUAAUCAACAAUUGAUCCGAAAAAAUUCAGAUGAUGAAGUGGAAACAUUUAUGAAACGCAGUUUGUUAUCAAUUGCUGAAGAAGAAGACGAAGAAAAUAUCGAAAAAACUCCUGAAAAAUUCAAAAGGUCAUUACUAUCCAGAAAUAAUCAACAUACGAAUCAUAUAUUGAAUCGUAACCAACAUGGUGGGACACAGUCAGUACGUCGAGGGGAUCGUAAUCGGGCCCCGCCUAAUAAACAAAAUGCUCCAAACGGAAAUAUAAGUCAAAAUAAAUUAAAAAAACAUCGUGCUAAAGGACCAUGUGAGAUAUUAUCGAGUGAGCCGUAUGUAACAAUUGAGGUGCUUAAAUAUGGACGUGAUCCUAAUAUAACUUAUAGCUCUGGCACUAUAAUUAAAAUGACAUGUGGUAUUGGCUAUGGUCUAAAUUUACCCAUUAAUUCCACGGUAAAAUGUGUACGGGGAUUAUGGAAACCUACUAAACCAGAAUGUGAAAUUUUGCCAUGUAACGUUCCAUCAAUUGAAAAUGGAUACUAUCGUUACGUUACUGAAUCAAUUCCCAGUGUUGUGCAACAAGCAAGCAUACUUUUGGAUAAUUCACUGGAUGCUAUCAAUGAAACAGUGGACAUAGAACAUGGUAAAGUGGUAAAAUUUGCAUGUUAUCCUGGUUACAAUAUUAAGGGACCAGCAAAUUUAAAAUGUUGGCAUGGUGAUUGGACUGCUACAACAUUUCCUGAGUGUAUACCAGCCCCUUGUGAACUUCCUUCAAUCCACAAUGGCCAAUAUUUGAAUGGAUAUCGAGCAGGCCUUACUAUUGGAAACGGAUCGUUUGUCAAUUAUCAAUGUGAUACAUUCUAUAGAAAAACAAACGCACAACCAAUUCAAUGUAUUUUAGGAGAAUUAUCGCCUAAAAAUCCUGGCUGUCGUUUAGCUCGUCCAAGUUUAGGUGGUUCGGGUAUAUUAGCGGGUGUAAAUUUGAAAAACUUAACAGACGAUUAUCGGGCUGGAUCAGAUAUAAGUCAAAACGGUGGACUCGAUUUGGUUGAGAAAGUGAAUUCGAGAUCAUGCGGUCGACCUGCUCGUGUCCAAGGUGCAAACUUAUUUAAAGAUGGUGAACCAAUGUUGGAGGAGAACGAUGAGGAUACAUAUCCUGAGGGUACCGAGGUUACUUUCGAUUGUGUUAGUAAUGCGUUAGGUGAAAAAACGACUUGGCGUAUUAUUUGUGAAGAUGGCAGUUGGAUUGGACGAAGUUUAAAUUGUGAGAAUGAAGAUCCACCAGUGAUUAGUGCCCCGCAAUAUGCGGAGAAUAAAUCCUGUAUAUUCAGAAAUAACGAACCAAAUGUUGUAUCAUUUUACAAUGAUCAGGAAAUUCGUGAAGAUGUCGUUGAAUUUCCUCCAGGUGUUUUAUUAGUUAGCCGUUGUGCGGAUAUUGGCAAAUAUGCCAUGGUAGGUACGAAUAGUCGACGAUGUAUAGGUCCGGACUGGGAUGGUCAAAAACCUGUUUGUUUCGGAUUAAAUCAAGAAAAUGACUACGCAAUGGAUAAACCACCAACAGUAUUAUUUAGACAUCAGCUAGGACCAAUUGCUCAGAGUAAUGAUGGAAAAUUAAUUGUUUAUCCAGGCACCAUCCUCCAUAUGGAGUGUUUGUGGAUACGUCGGUUUGGCAAUCCUAAGUGGAAUGUUAGCCACAGCUACCGGAUAUACCCGGAAGGGUGGAGUACAGAUCCAGGUCGUGAUUCUGGCUUAGAAUAUCGAUUAUCAAUUAUUCAUGCUAGUAAAGACGAUUCUGGUACUUUUACAUGCAUGACACCGGCCAGACAAUCACAUUCUGUGGAAGUUGUAGUAAAGCCUGUACAUUGCCCUCAACCGCCAUUAAGGAAAGGUGUUAUUAUCAACAAUAAAAAUACUAAAAUGAACACAAAAUUACAACUAAGUUGUCAUAAUAGCAAUGCUUUAAUAGGUGCAUCAGAAAUAACAUGCUUACCAUCAGGAAACUGGAGUCAUCCAUUUCCGGUUUGUGAAAAUGUAGAAUGUGGGGACGUUUUUGCUCCAUCAUAUUUCAACAGCACCUACGGUGAUGAGUUAAGUAUUGCGAAUUUAAGAGUAGUGAUUGUGUCACGUGAAGUUGGUGGUCGUGCAGUGUUUUCAUGUACUCCAGGAUUUGGACUCCGUGGUCCGGGUGAAACUGUGUGUCUAUCUAGUGGUGAAUGGGCUCUACCUUUUCCAACAUGUAUUGAGGUCCAUUGUGAUCCACCAGGUGUACCAGAAAAUGGUUACAUUCAAGGAUCAGCUCCAUAUAAAGCUGGUGAUAUUGUUCAAUUUAAUUGUAAUCCUGAUUUUAUGAUGGAAGGUCAACCGAUAAUUGCAUGUCAAGAUAAUGCUAGAUGGUCGGGAACUAUUCCAAAAUGUGUACAAGCGUGCUCGUAUCCAGGAACAACAAUCAGUGGGCGUAUGUCUGCAGUGAAAUUUUAUUACAAAAUUGGUGAAACAAUUACAUUCUCAUGCGAUGAAGGGCUUAUAUUACGUGGCGCACCAAUGUUACGAUGCUUAAAAAAUGGUAAAUGGUCGAAUGCCAUACCAACGUGUGUUAAUUCAACGGCAAGUUUAACACAAAUUCUACCAACAACUACGAAACGUACCCUAACAAAAACUGAACAAAAUAUACUAUUCAACUACUAAAUUGGAGAAACUUCGAAUACUGUUAUGAAAUUUUCCAUAUCAAAAACAAAACAAAAAAAAAACGUAUCAAAAA